UAUCUGUUUCACAUUUAUUGCUCUUAUCCUUUCAAUCUUUCUUAUCUUUAAGCCCUAUUUCUGAUGUGCUUGAAAUGAUUUCUUUUGGGGUUGCGCUUUUAACAAAAUUUUAUUAGGUUUUUUUUAUUUUUGCGUAGGCAGAGAGCAGAAGUCAUGGGGCUUCUUUUACGAAUUUUUUGUUCUUGCUUUGGUGAAGAAUUGGGAACUAAAGGUUUUUUCUUAUCAAUAAAUAGUUGAUUAUAGAAAAAUGGGGAUCAAAUGCUGUUAUUUACUACCCAGUCUUCCGAAACAAAGAGUGUUUCUGCUUAGUUCGCUUGAAUUUUACUUACCUCAAUUUAGGAGUUCCGCUGUUUAAUAGCAUAGCAUAGGAAAUAGAUGGUGAAGUAAUGAGAAAUCGGCUAAGUAUACCGUGUUAAUGCUGAAAAUUUGUUACUUCAAAUGAACUUAGCUUGAUUGUUCAUCAUUUGACAAACUUUUGGACAAUCCUUACUUGCACCUUUUUUUCCCUUGGACAGACAAUAGUUUUUCUCAUCAAAGGCUACACCGUGGACUCGAAUAAGAGAUGGAUACAGAAAAUCCUGCUCCAAUAGUUGAAAAGGAUACUACAGAUGCGGAGACAUCAUUGGAUAGCUCUCAUCUCAGGAAGAAGAUUCAGAAGAAAGUUCCAAAAAGAAUUCACAAAGCUGAGAGAGAGAAAAUGAAGAGAGAGCAUUUAAAUGAGCUUUUUCUUGGUUUGGCUGAUGCUCUUGAACUAUCUGAGCAGAUGAAUGGAAAAGCCUCUGUAUUGAGUGAAGCUGCUCGAUUUGUAAAGGACAUGCUUUCUCAGAUCAAGCAUAUGAGGACAGAAAAUACGACUUUGCUGUCUGAAUCUCAAUAUCUUAGCGUGGAGAAAAAGGAGCUUGAGGAUGAAAAUACAGUUCUGGAGGCUGAAAUUAGCAAACUGCAGAAUGAGGUCAAAGCAAGGGAAGCUGAGACUAGUCUUGACCUAAAUCUAGCUCCUCCUGAAAUUCAUCACACAGAGUUUGCCUCACAAACUAACUAUAUGAGAUUGCCUGCUUCGGAGCACGGAUUUCAACAGUCACAGAUGAUGAACCCCGUGUACGUCUUUCCCUUGAGUUCUAAUCCUCAGGCUUAUCCAGCGCCUGAUGCUGCAGAUCCCAUGGCUAUGCCCUCAUCUACUGUGAAGAAACCACAGCCUAGAUACCCCACUCCAAAUGAUGUAUGGCCAUCCCAAAUCCUUGAAAAGAGGCCUCAGUUAUUGCGACAGGAGGUUCAAGAUGGUGCGUAAGUAUAGUAGUCUAGAAGAAACAAGACAUUCGUUCAUAGGGAAUGGCAUGUAUAAGUACUAGUUAGGUAAUGUAGAUUUAGACGAUAAACAGCAGCAGAUUCAGCAAUACUUUGGACUUGCAGCUCUCCAUUGUAUAUAAACUUUUCGUUGUAUUUUGAUCAACAAUAACCUAGUUUGUCUGUUUGAGUGUCGAGGUAGUACCAGUUGGGAGGUAACCAUACCAUAGCAGUGUUGGAUACAAAAAUAUGUUGGUAAACAAAACCUGUAAGUAGGCGCCUGACAUGACAUCUAUGGAUUUUGAUGUUGAACUCUUACAAUGUUGUUGCUGUUGAGGUCAUUUUCAAGCUCUGGGUAUCUCUAGAGUGGCCAAAAUUUGUCUUAGUCCCUUGUAUUUUGACGAGGUAGGAGACAGAGAAGUGACUUAAGUUGUCAUUAUCAUUGUAGAAAUCUUAAGAAAAUGACAGAAUUGAUCUCUUGUGUUUGGUAGUAGACUAGUAGGUUUGAAAUA